AAUCACGUCAAGACAGUUUGCCAAUUAUGGGCCUUUAGAUCAGCGUUCUUUGAGACGGAACGGACAAGUGACGAGCACUUGCUUACAUUCAUUAUGGAGUCAUUCCCACGCGAUGUUUGUGGUCUGAAUUUCUACGAUCCACAAGAAGCGGAUGAGUUUCAUCGGAUACUCGUCGAAGAAAACCGAGGGCGAAUCUCCAGAGGAGUCAACCGGCCGAAACGGCAGGCACCACCACCUCCGUCAGUGCGGCUUGGAAGCGAUCGAUCGGCUCACCGAACCCUGCAUAUCGAGCAUCUUGGUCUGGAAGAGCUGUCGAAAGAAGAUCAAGAAACCUUCCAUCACCUGAUCAAGGCUGUGGAUAUUGAACCCGGUAACGAGGAACAAAUGCAGCUUCUUCGCAAUAUUGUUGCCACAAGAGGCAGUGAAGUGAGGAGUUCUAUGCGGAUCAAGCGGGAUUCUGUUCACCCUGGCGAGUCGUUCGUUCGUGGCAACACCCACACAACGUUGGCUGAGUCGAGGAAUAGCAUGAUGGUGGUCCACAAGCAACAACGUCGGACCCCUCGUGAAGUGAAGAAAGGCUCAGUACAGCGUCAGGAAACCGAAGCAACAACAAAUCAUUACCAACAGCAGCCUACGACUAUCUCGGAGGUCGGAAUCGACCAGUACCUGAAUCCCGAUUGGGGAGCAGCGGCUCCGUCGUACGAAGUGCAAUCGAAGUUGCAUGUGAUCACUGAGGCGCAGGACUUUGCCAAAGCACCCUACAGCGGGCGGCAGUCAUGGGCAGGCAUCGAAAUGGAGGCGCCGCCGGUGCCGUCAAGGAUUGAGUCGAUGGCGCUGCCAGGUUCACCCGUAGGUCGGCGAAAAACACUCCCAUACUCUCCAGUGCAUCGCGCGUCACCGCCCAAUAAUGGAGCUCCACGGCUGCCGGAGCGACCUAAGCCCGAACGAGGUCAGCAGCUAUCUCUUAAUGUGGCUCUCCUAGAUUUAGCUAUACCUCAUUUAGAAGCUCUUCCAGAUGUCGCAACUCCCAUUUGGCGAAUAGAGAUUCCUCUUCCCAGUGGUGUACAACCUCCGUCCCAUUCACCUCCUCCUACUCCACCAUCAAGUCAGCCGUCUCCUGUACCGAAUCCGACAUCGGCCACGACGUCACCGUCAGCUCCACAAACCACAGCUGGUGCUGCUGCUGGUCCUGCAGUGGUCUCGCUUGCUCCUCCUCCACCUCCACCGCCGCCAGGACUUCUCUCACCAGCACCCACUCCUCCUCCUUGUCCCGACCAGAAACAAGGAUAUACCGAUGUCUCACCGAUUUCCAAUGAUCGCAGGAGUUUUCUGGAGGAGAUCCAGAAUGUCGACAAGGCCAGACUACGUCACGUUGCUCCAUCCACGAAGUCCCUUCAGAAUGGAGAUUCUCCACCUGGUGACGGUGGGCUUCUGUCAGCAAUUCAAGCCGAAUUGGACAAACGACGAGAAUAUAUUGCAAGUGACAGCGAUGAAGAGUCCGAUUCAACUGACAGCGAAUGGGCAGAUUGA